CGGCCUCAACAUAUUUCUUCAUUUAACAAAAAUAUUAUUCUGCAAUCAAUUUUUGUUAAGAACGAAAUGUAUAUUCAAAAUAGAGAUUCCUGCAUCCUGAACUUCUUUAUAAAUAGUACAACUUUUUAAUUUAUUAGAAUAUAUUAUGACAAUCAUAACUUCUAUAAUCUCAUAGCAAAAAUGAGUAUAAAAAUGAAUCUGAGAUCUUUCAAUGAAGCUUUUGUAAUUAGUACAUAACACCAUGCAGCAUAUUCUGGGGUGCUCAACCUGCUUUUUAAGCAAACUGGGGGAAAUAAUCCUGCAAGUAAUUAUUAAAAAACUUGUUAAGUUAUGAAUCAAAAUACGUCACAGUUUCCACCAAGAUCAGCUUUAUCUUCUCAAUCAUUUCACAAAUCAGACCCCUUUCUGGAGACUUCACCUCGACCGCCCGUGCCAGGGGCAGAGGAAAUACUGGCAGAUGGUGGUGGUCCAUAUUCGCAUCAUCGAUAUAAUUUAAUGCAAGAUGAUGCAAUACCUCGGAAAAGUUUUACAAACCAACUGAUAAAUAAUGGGCGAAUGUCUUCACCUUAUUUAGAAGUUUUAAAUGGAUUUGAACCUGAUGGCUGCAGCACUAGUUCACGUGGAUUUCGAGAAACUCCACCCCCUCCUGAUAGAACUCCUCCUUCCUACUUGAGAUGGGCCCGAAAACUAUCAAGCCUUUUAGAAGAUAGGCAAGGUGUUGAGUUAUUUAAGAAAUAUGUGGAACAGGAAGGGGGUAUUCAUGCAGACAGACUUAAUUUUUAUUUUGCCUGUGAGGGUUUAAAACAGCAAACCAAUCCUUCAAAAGUCAAACAAAUGGUCGGAGCCAUAUAUCGUUUUUUACGUAGAAGUCAAUUAUCAGUUCCUGAAGAUUUAAGAAGGCAAAUUAAAUUGGGUUUGAAGAAUGAUCAAAUUUUAACUGCUGACAUUUAUGAUGGAAUGCAAGCAGAUGCAGAAAAACUUAUUAACGAUACAACUUAUCCCAAUUUUCUGAAAUCAGAAAUUUAUCUGUCUCAUGUUCAGCUUAUGCAAAGCCAAGGUAAUUGUAAUGAUGUCUCAGACACAUGUAGCAGUUCUAGUUCAGGGAGUGCGCAGGUUUUAUCUUGCACCCAAAGUAAUUCAGCUCUACCAACAUUGCACGAAGAUUUGGAACUUGGGGACAGUUUUCAAUCAGAACAAGGGAUAGCACCCAGGCUUACUAAAGAUUUAUUAAUGGCCACUCAAAGAAGAAGGUUAGACCAAAGGCCCAAACCUGAAACCUUUGCAGGCUUGCUGUCUCGUGGAUAUUCUGUGUAUUCGCAUCCGCACGCUGCCUAUUCUUCUUAUAACCCAGUGUCCCGACAAGACUCUGAACAGCAGUCAAUGAGUAGUGGUCGUACAGAUUCUGACACUAUGUCUAUGUCAGGAAGUUCUGUAGAUGGAAUAUCAAUAGGAAGAAUGCAUACUGGAAGACAUCACUUCAGGCACAAUCGUGCUAUAAGAGAAAGUGCUCAACUGAACAGAGAUCGUAAUGAUAUGGUUAUUCCAAGAACACAAAGGGUUCAAAAAGAACAAUGUCUUCCUAUGGAACCUGCCAAAUUUGCUGCAAUAUUAAUGAGUAAAUUAGAGAUUGUGAAACGAGAACAAGAAUUAAAAGAAAAAUUGGACAGAAAUAUCUUAGAUGCAGGGAAUGAUUUGAUUUGUGAUAAUGCUUAUCCUGGGCAACAAAGGGCUUUGGCAGAUGCUUUAAGAGAAAGGCUACAGUUAGAUGAUGAUAACGAUCAAGAUAUAUUAGAUCAACAUGUUUCAAGAGUUUGGUCAGAUUUGACACCGUCUAGAACUCCAGGAGGUUUUAAUACACCACCCACUCAAUUGCAUCAAGCUGCAUCCAAAAUAUCUGAUCAUUCAAUACAUCAUCAUUCUAAAACAUCAGUUCUCCGUGAUAGAAUUGACGUUUUUAGUACAUUUUCUGGAGAUUCAGGAAAUGUACAGGAUUAUCAUGAUUUUGCUUCAUCAACAACUAAGUCAAUGAGCAAAAGUCAUUCUAUGCCUGAUUAUAAUGAUGGAGUUUUCAAUAGACAUAAUAUUGCGAGGAGGUCUGCUAGUAAAAAAACUCUUACCGAUUUCACUGAUAGUGGAGUUUCUGUGAUGUCAGGAUCCAUGCCGCCACCUUCAACUGUUAAUGUUGGAACUAAAGCACGUGAAUCAAGGGUGAUUCUGUGGUUGAUGGAAGGAGGUCAACCGUUACCUGCUGAAAAAUACAGUAAACCAUUUAGCCGUUCAAGUUCUACAGAAAGGUAUCCAGGACACAGCUAUGGAUCAUCUGACAGAGAUAGAAACUACAGACUUGAUUUACAAUCUAACAGCUCAAUUACUACUGAUCCUAACAUGCCUUUACUAGAAGAAGCGAGAAGGCGGUUGUUAGAGGAAGAAAAACAGGGCAGGCACCCCAAACAAAGAUAUUCAUCUGGUAAAGUAGAAACAAUGUCUGCACAAUCUACUUUAAGACGUCCAGCUAAACGAUCUGUUGUUUCUAACACCGCUCAACCUAUAAGCACCCCUGUAGAUGUCCCAUCAAUAUCAACAUCUGCUUCUGCAUCAGUUAUAAAUUCAAAUGCAGAUUACACUGUUGUUGUUUUCUCAUUCUGCGAUGAAAAAUUUCCAUACAGAACUAAAAUACCAGGGAGUAUGAUCACACUGAAGCAAUUUAAAGAAAUUCUGCCAAAGAAGGGAAUGUACAGGUAUUUUUUCAAAACCGAAUGUGAGGAACUUGAGAACCAAGUCAUACAAGAAGAAAUAUUCAAUGACGGAGAUAUGUUACCAUUAUGGGAAGGAAAGAUUAUGGCACAAGUGAAACCUUGUGAACAAAAUGUGCAGCAGUAGUAUUUAAAAAAGUUGUUAAGGCUUAAAUUCUAUUUAU